AUGGCGGAGACAGAAUGGAAACCCCUGGUGCAGGCCGACCCGCAGCAAGCGGGACCUGCGGCUCAGAGAGGGGUCCUAGGGUUUGGACUCAGCCUGCUGCCUGGUCUCCCACAGGUGACCUAUGCACUGAGAGCCUAUGAUGGCUUGUCUGUGCCCGAGGACGCUGAGACUGUCACGGCCGGCCGGGUUGGCUGGAGCUACUCGGACCUUUCUGACGAUGAGGACUUGCUGGCUGACGAUGCCUCUGGAGAUGACAUGGGCAGCGGCGACAUGGGCAGUGGGAACUUACAGAUGGUUUAUUUCCGGGCCCUGGUCAAUUUCACUCACUCCAUCGACUACAGCCCCCGCCUGGAGGAUGCGGGCUCCGAGGAGUUCCGAGAAGUGUCUGAGGCUGUGGUUGACACGCUGGAGUCAGAGUACUUGAAGAUCCCCGGAGACCAGGUUGUCAGUGUGGUGUUCAUCAAGGAGCUGGACGGCUGGGUCUUUGUGGAGCUGGAUGUGGGCUCAGAGGGAAACGCAGACGGGGCCCAGAUCCAGGACGUGCUGCACGCAGUCCUCUCCAGCGGCUCCAUCGCAUCCUACAGCACAUCUGCCCAGGGCUUCCAGUUCCGACGCCUGGGCACAGUGCCCCAGGUCUCCAGGGCCUGCACUGUGGCCGAGUUUGCCUGCCACAGCUACAACGAGUGUGUAGCCCUGGAGUAUCGCUGCGACCGGCGGCCCGACUGCAGGGACAUGUCUGAUGAGCUCAACUGUGAGGAGCCGGUCUUGAGCUCUGUGCUCCCCCCACCGGUGGAGACACCACCUCUAACACCCCAGCCAGAGGCAGCCACCACGAGGCAGCCACCAGAUGCCCCUGCUCCCUGGCCUCUGCUCCCCAGCCAAAGCAGACCCGGGCCCUGCGGCCCCCACGAGGCCACAUGCCACAGUGGGCACUGCAUCCCCAAAGACUACCUCUGUGACGGGCAAGAGGACUGCAGGGAUGGCAGCGACGAGUUGGACUGUGGCCCCACACCGCCCUGCGAACCCAACGAGUUCCCCUGCGGGAAUGGGCACUGCGCCUUCAAGCUGUGGCGCUGUGAUGGUGACUUUGACUGUGAGGACCGCACGGAUGAAGCCGACUGCCCUGCCAAGCGCCCUGAGGACGUGUGCGGGCCCACACAGUUCCGCUGUGUCUCCACGAAUACGUGCAUCCCGGCCAGCUUCCACUGUGAUGAAGAGAGCGACUGUCCCGACCGCAGUGACGAGUUUGGCUGCAUGCCCCCCCAGGUGGUGAACCCUCCGCAGGAGUCGAUCCGGGCUUUCCGGGGCCAGACUGUGACCUUUACCUGCGUGGCCACCGGCGUGCCCACCCCCAUCAUCAACUGGAGGCUCAACUGGGGCCACAUCCCCUCACACCCCAGGGUAACCAUGACCAGCGAGGGGGGCCGUGGCACGCUGACCAUCCGUGAUGUGAAGGAAGCAGACCAGGGUGCCUAUACCUGUGAGGCCCUUAAUGCCCGCGGCAUGGUGCUGGGCAUUCCCGACGGGGUCCUGGAGCUCACCCCACAGCGAGGUCCCUGCCCAGACGGGCACUUCUACCUGGAGGACAGCGCUUCCUGCCUGCCCUGCUUCUGCUUCGGCAUCACCAACGUAUGCCAGAGCAGCCGCCGCUUCCGGGACCAGAUCCGACUGCGCUUUGACCAGCCCGGUGACUUUAAGGGUGUGAACGUGACCAUGCCCGCGCAGCCCGGCGUGCCGCCCCUGUCCUCCACGCAACUGCAGAUCGAUGUGGCGCUGCAGGAGUUCCAGCUGGUCGACUUGUCCCGCCGCUUCCUCAUCCAUGACUCCUUCUGGGCGCUGCCCGAGCAAUUCCUGGGCAACAAGGUGGAUUCCUACGGUGGCUCCCUGCACUACAAGGUGCGCUAUGAGGUGGCCCGGGGUCCGCUGGAGCCAGUGCAGCGGCCGGACGUGGUCCUCGUGGGUGCGGGAUAUCGCCUCCUCUCCCGGGGCCACACGCCCACCCAGCCUGGGGCCCUGAACCAGCGCCAGGUCCAGUUCACUGAGGAGCACUGGGUCCACGAGUCGGAGCGGCCGGCGCAGCGGAACUGCCGGGUAGGUGUGCUGCAGAGCCUGGAGGCCGUGCUCAUCCUGACCGUGUACAACGCCAAGAUGGCCAGCGUGGGGCUGAGUGACGUCGCCAUGGACACCACGGCCACCCACUUCACCAGCCACGGCCAGGUUCACAGUGUGGAGGAGUGCAGGUGCCCCAUUGGCUACUCUGGCUUGUCCUGCGAAAGUUGUGAUGCCCACUUCACCCGGGUGCCUGGUAGGCCCUACCUGGGCACCUGCUCUGGCUGCAACUGCAACGGCCAUGCCAGCUCCUGUGACCCUGUGUACGGUCACUGCUUGAACUGCCAGCACAACACCGAGGGUCCACAGUGCAACAAGUGCAAGGCCGGCUUCUUCGGAGAUGCCACAAAGGCCACAGCCACAGCCUGCCGGCCCUGCCCCUGCCCCUACAUCGAUGCCUCUCGCAGGUUCUCAGACACCUGCUUCCUGGACACCGAUGGCCAAGCCACAUGUGAUGCGUGUGCCCCCGGCUACACAGGCCGCCGCUGCGAGAGCUGUGCCCCCGGAUAUGAGGGCAACCCCAUCCAGCCAGGCGGGAAGUGCAGACCCACCAACCAGGAGAUUGUGCGCUGUGACGAGCGAGGCAGCAGGGGGACCUCAGAUGAUGCCUGCCACUGUAAGAACAACGUGGUGGGGCGCCUGUGCAAUGAGUGUGCUGAUGGCUCCUUCAACCUGGAUGCCCACAACCCCGACGGCUGCCUCAAGUGCUUCUGCAUGGGCGUCAGCCGCCAGUGCGCCAGCUCCACCUGGAGCCGCGCCCAGGUGCACGGGGCCUCUGAGGAGCCCACCCAGUUCAGCCUGACCAAUGCCGCUGGCACCCACAUCACCAGUGAGGGCAUCUCGUCGCCCACGCCCGGGGAGCUGGUCUUCUCCUCCUUCCAUAGACUUCUCUCCGGACCCUACUUCUGGAACCUCCCCUCACACUUCCGGGGAGACAAGGUGACCUCCUAUGGGGGAGAGCUUCACUUCACAGUCACACAGAGGCCCCAGCCUGGCUCCGUGCCACUGCCUGGGCAGCCCCUGGUGGUGCUGCAGGGCAACGGCAUCGUCUUGGAGCAUCAUGCGCCCCGGGAGCUGAGUCCUGGCCAGCCCACCUCCUUCACCGUGCCCUUCCGGGAGCAAGCAUGGAAGCGGCCUGACGGGCAGCCGGCCACUAGGGAGCACUUACUGAUGGCUCUGGCGGGCAUCAACACCCUCCUGAUCCAGGCAUCCUUCACCCAUCAGCCAGCUGAGAGCAGGGUCUCUGGAAUCAGCAUGGACGUAGCUGUGCCCGAGAACACUGGCCAGGACCCUGCGCUGGAAGUGGAAGAGUGUGCCUGCCCACCUGGGUACCGUGGCCCCUCCUGCCAGGACUGUGAUACAGGUUACACACGCACACCCAGCGGGCUCUACCUGGGCACCUGUGAACGCUGCAGCUGCCAUGGCCACACGGAGAGCUGCGAACCUGAGACAGGAGCAUGCCAGGGCUGCCAACACCACACAGAGGGCCUUCGGUGCGAGCAGUGCCAGCCGGGAUACUACGGGGAUGCACAGCGGGGGACACCACAGGACUGCCAGCCAUGCACAUGCCUCGGGGCACCCGCUGCCGGCCAGGCUACACACACUUGUUUCCUGGACACAGACGGGCACCCCACCUGUGAUUCCUGCUCCAUGGGCCACAGCGGGCGCCACUGUGAGAGGUGUGCCCCCGGUUACUAUGGCAACCCCAGCCAGGGCCAGCCCUGCCGCAGAGAUGGCCAGAUGCCUGAGCCGAUUGGCUGUGGCUGUGACCCCCAGGGCAGUGUCAGCAGCCAGUGUGACGCUGCCGGCCAAUGCCAAUGCAAGGCCCAGGUGGAAGGCCUCACCUGCAGCCAGUGCCGGCCCCACCACUUCCACCUGAGCGCCAGCAACCCCGAUGGCUGCCUCUCCUGCUUCUGCAUGGGCAUCACUCAGCAGUGUGCCAGCUCCUCCUACACCCGCCACCUGAUCACCACCCACUUCGCCCCUGGGGACUUCCAAGGUUUCAUCCUGGUGAACCCGCAGCGGAACAGCCGUCUGACCAGCGGCUUCACCGUGGAGCCCAUGCCCGAUGGGGCCCAGCUCUCUUUUGGCAACUUCGCCCAGCUCGGCCACGAGUCCUUCUACUGGCAGCUGCCAGAGACAUUCCAGGGAGACAAGGUGGGGGCCUAUGGCGGGAAGCUUCGCUACACCCUGUCCUACACAGCAGGGGCUCAGGGCAGCCCGCUCUCCGACCCUGACCUCCAGAUCACGGGCAACAACAUCAUGCUGGUGGCCUCCCAGCCGGCGCUGCAGGGUCCUGGGAGAAAGAGCUACGAGAUCGUGUUCCGAGAGGAAUUCUGGCACAGGCCUGAUGGGCAACCGGCCACCCGUGAGCACCUUCUGAUGGCGCUGGCUGACCUGGACGAACUGCUGGUCCGCGCCACGUUCUCCUCCAUGCCGCUGACUGCCAGCAUCGGCGCCAUCAGCCUGGAGGUUGCCCAGCCCGGACCCUCGAGUGGCCCCCGGGCCCUAGAGGUAGAGGAUUGCCGCUGCCCGCCAGGCUACAUCGGCUCCUCCUGCCAGGACUGCGCCCCCGGCUACACCCGCACAGGGAGUGGCCUCUACCUUGGCCACUGUGAACCGUGUGAAUGUAACGGCCACUCAGACCUGUGCCACCCAGAGACCGGGGCCUGCUCGCACUGCCAGCACCAUGCCGCUGGGGAGUUCUGCGAGCAGUGUGCCCCUGGCUACUAUGGGGAUGCCACCGCUGGGACACCUGAGGACUGCCAGCCCUGCGCCUGCCCACUGGCAAACCCGGAAAACAUGUUCUCCCGCACCUGUGAGAGCCUGGAGGCCGGUGGGUACCGCUGCACGGCCUGCGAACCUGGUUACACUGGCCAGUACUGUGAGCGGUGUGCCCCUGGGUAUGUGGGAAACCCCAAUGUUCAGGGCGGCCAGUGCUUGCUACAGACAGACCAAGUCCCACUGGUGGUCCAGGUCCACCCUGCCCGGAGCAUAGUGCCUCAGGGUGGCCCCCAUUCCCUGCGCUGCCAGGUCAGUGGGAACCCACCCCACUAUUUCUACUGGUCUCGGGAGGAUGGGCGAGCUGUGCCCAGCAGCACCCAGCAGCGACAUCAAGGCUCUGAGCUCCACUUCCCCAGCGUCCAGCCCUCCGAUGCCGGGGUGUACCUGUGCACCUGCAGGAAUCUGUACCAUACCAACACCAGCCGGGCAGAGCUGCUGGUGACGGAGGCGCCCAGUAAGCCCAUCACAGUGACUGUGGAGGAGCAGCGGAGCCAGAGCGUGAGCCCCGGGGCGGAUGUCACCUUCAUCUGCACGGCCAAGAGCAAGUCUCCAGCCUACACGCUGGUGUGGACCCGCCUGCACAAUGGGAAGCUGCCGCCCCGCGCCAUGGACUUCAAUGGCAUCCUGACCAUCCGCAACGUGCAGCCAAGUGACGCGGGCACCUACACGUGCACCGGCUCCAACAUGUUUGCCAUGGACCAGGGCACGGCCACGCUGCAUGUGCAAGCCUCAGGUGCCCCGUCUGCCCCGGUGGUCUCCAUCCACCCUCCCCAGCUCACCGUGCAGCCCGGGCAGCUAGCUGAGUUCCGCUGCAGCGCCACGGGCAACCCUACCCCCACCCUGGAGUGGACAGGGGGCCCUGGCGGCCAGCUCCCUCAGAAGGCACAGGUUCACAAGGGUAUCCUGAGCCUCCCAGCUGUGGACCCCUCAGAUCAGGCCCAGUACCUGUGCCGCGCCCACAGCAGCGCCGGGCACCACACAGCCAGGGCCAUACUACAUGUGCACGGGGGCAGCGGACCCAGGGUCCAGGUGAGCCCAGAGAGGACCCAGGUACACGAAGGCCGCACCGUCAGGCUGUACUGCAGGGCUGCAGGGGUGCCCAGUGCCACCAUCACCUGGAGGAAGGAAGGGGGCAGCCUCCCCCCACAGGCCCGCUCGGAGCGCACAGACAUCGCCACGCUGCUCAUCCCUGCCAUCACGGCGGCCGACGCCGGCUUCUACCUCUGCGUGGCCACCAGCCCUGCAGGCAGCGCACAGGCCCGCAUCCAGGUGGUCGUCCUGCCAGCCUCAGGUUCCAGCCCACCGCCAGUCAAGAUCGAGUCCUCCUCCCCUUCUGUGACUGAGGGGCAGAUGCUUGACCUCAACUGUGUGGUGGCCGGGCAGACCCACGCCCAGGUCACGUGGUACAGGCGCGGGGGCAGCCUCCCUCCACACGCCCAGGUCCAUGGCUCCCGACUGCGGCUCCCCCAGGUCUCCCCAGCCGACUCAGGAGAGUAUGUCUGCCGAGUGGAGGAUGACUCCAGUCACAAGGAAGCCUCCAUCACCGUCUCUGUCCUUCACAGCGCCCAGCCGGGCUCCAGGCACACCCCAGCUCCUGGCGGAGACCCAGCUCCCGGCCGGACCCAGUCCAUCCGUAUUGAGUCUUCCUCUUCACACGUGGCUGAAGGGCAGACACUGGAUUUGAACUGUGUGGUUCCCGGGCAGGCCCACGCCCAGGUCACCUGGCAUAAGCGAGGGGGCAGCCUCCCUGCCCGGCACCAGGCACAUGGCUCGCUGCUGCGGCUGCACCACGUGUCCCCCGCCGACUCAGGCGAGUACGUGUGCCGUGUGAUCCUUGGCUCUGGGCCCCUGGAGACCUCCGUCCUGGUCACCAUCGAGGCCAUCGGCCCCAGCUCUGGCUCUAUCCCUGCCCCAGGACCUGUCCCAGCUGUCAGAGUCGAGUCCUCAUCCCCCAUGGUGGCCGAGGGGCAGACCCUGGAUCUGAGCUGUGUGGUCACCGGGCAGGCCCACGCCCCAGUCAUGUGGUUCAAGCGUGGGGGUAGCCUUCCUGCCCGACACCAGGUCCGCGGCUCCCGCCUGUACAUCUUCCAGGCCUCUGCAGCGGACUCGGGCGAGUAUGUUUGCCGAGCCAGCAGUGGAGUGGAGGCUUCCAUCACGGUGACCGUAACAAGCAACCAGGGUGCCAACUUUGCCUACCCCACUGGGGACUCCCAGCCCAUCCGCAUCGAGUCCUCCUCGUCACACGUGGCUGAGGGCCAGACCCUGGAGCUGAACUGCGUGGUGCCCAGGCAGCCCCAUGUCCAGGUCACGUGGCACAAGCGUGGGGGUAGCCUGCCCAUCCGGCACCAGACGCACGGCUCACGACUGAGGCUGUACCAGGUGUCCCCAGCCGACUCGGGCGAGUACACGUGCCGCGUGGUGGGCGGCUCUGGGCCCCUGGAAGCCUCCAUCUUCGUCACCAUAGAGUCCGCGGGCAGUGUGCCUGCACUCAGUGUCACCCCCCCAGUCCGCAUCGAGUCAUCUUCGUCCCAUGUGGCUGAGGGACAGACGCUGGAACUGAACUGCCUCGUUGCUGCACAGGCCCACGCCCAGGUCACGUGGCACAAGCGUGGGGGCAGCCUCCCUGCGGGGCACCAGGUCCUUGGCUCAAGGCUGCGGCUGCCCCAGGUGACCCCGGCUGACUCUGGGGAGUAUGUGUGCCGCGUGGCUGGCAGCUCAGGCACCCAGGAGGCUUCAGUGCUUGUCAGCAUCCAACAGCGCCCUGGCCCCUCCCACUCCCAGGGCGUGGUGUACCCCGUCCGAAUCGAGUCCUCCUCAGCCUCCCUGGCCAAUGGACACACCCUAGAUCUCAACUGCCUGGUGGCCAGCCAGGCCCCCCACACCAUCACCUGGUACAAGCGUGGAGGUAGCCUGCCCAGCCGGCACCAGAUUGUGGGCUCCCGGCUCCGGAUUCCCCAGGUGACGCCGGCGGACUCGGGCGAGUAUGUGUGCCAUGUGAGUAACAGUGCCGGCUCCCAGGAGACCUCACUCAUUGUCACCAUCCAGGGCAGUGGCUCCUCCCAUGUGCCCAGCGUGUCCCCACCGAUCAGGAUUGAGUCCUCGUCCCCCAUGGUGGUGGAAGGGCAGACCUUGGAUCUGAACUGCGUGGUCGCUGGGCAACCCCAGGCCACCAUCACGUGGUACAAGCGUGGGGGCAGCCUUCCCGCCCGGCACCAGGCCCAUGGCUCCCGCCUGCGGCUGCACCACAUCUCUGUGGCUGACUCGGGCGAGUAUGUGUGCCGAGCCAACAACAACAUCGAUGCCCAGGAGGCCUCCUUCACGGUCCUGGUCUCCCCCAGCACCGGCAUCCCUGCCAGCCCUGGUGGUGCUCAGCCCAUCAGAAUUGAGUCAUCAUCUUCACGAGUGGCUGAGGGGCAGACACUGGAUCUCAACUGUGUGGUCCCUGGACAGGCCCACGCCCAGAUCACAUGGCACAAGCGUGGAGGUAGCCUGCCUGAUAAGCAUCAGAUCCACGGCUCAUGGCUGAGACUGUACCAGGUAACCCUGGCCGACUCCGGCGAGUACAUGUGCCGUGUGGUGGGCAGCUCCGGACCACUGGAGGCCUCCGUCCUGGUCACGAUAGAAGCUACCAGCUCUAGUGCUGUCCACGUUCCUGCCCCUGACGGAGCUCCCCAACCCAUCCGCAUCGAGACCUCCUCCUCCCGCGUGGCUGAGGGCCAGACGCUGGAUCUGAACUGCGUGGUGCCCGGGCAGCCUCAUGCCCAAGUCACAUGGCACAAGCAUGGUGGAAGCCUGCCCCCCCGGCACCAGGUCCACGGCCCUCUGCUGAGACUGAACCAGGUGUCCCCAGUGGAUUCUGGCGAGUACUCAUGCCAAGUGACCAGCAGCUCCGGAACCCUAGAGGCCUCUGUCCGGGUCACCAUUGAGCCCUCCGGGCCAGGCCCCAUUCCCGCCCCAGGACUGGCCAAGGCUAUGUACAUCGAGUCCUCCUCCUCACACGUGGCCGAGGGCCAGACACUGGAGCUGAGCUGCGUGGUGCCCGGGCAACCCCACGCCCAGGUCACAUGGCACAAGCGCAGGGGCAGCCUGCCCACCCAGCACCAGAUCCAUGGCUCCCGGCUGCGGAUCCACCACGUCUCCCCCGCCGACUCUGGCGAGUACGUGUGCCGCCUGGACAGCGGCUUGGCCUCUGAGCAGGAGGCUGCCUUCACCAUCACCGUCCCCCCCAGCGCAGGGUCCUCCUACCGCCUCCAGAGCCCUGUCAUCUCCAUCGACCCGCCCAGCAACACUGUGCAGCAGGGCCAGGAUGCCAGCUUCAAGUGCCUCGUCCAUGACGGGGCAGCCCCCAUCACCCUGGAGUGGAAAACCCGGAACCAGGAGCUGGAGGACAACGUCCAUGUCAGCCCCAACGGCUCCAUCGUCACCAUCAGGGGGACCCGGCCCAGCAACCAGGGGCCCUACCGCUGCGUGGCCUCCAAUGUCUACGGUGUGGCACAGAGUGUCGUCAACCUCAGCGUGCAUGGACCCCCGUCCGUGUCCGUGCUCCCCGAGGGCCCCGUGCGGGUGAAAGCUGGGAAGUCUGUCACGCUGGAGUGCGUCAGUACUGGGGAGCCGCGCGCCUCAGCCCGCUGGGCCCGCGUCGAGAGCCCCCACAAGCUGGAGCAGCAGAUCUAUGGGCUGGUGGACGGCCACACGGUGCUGCAGAUUUCUUCAGCCAAACCAGCCGACGCGGGCAUCUACAUGUGCAUAGCUCAGAAUGCUCUGGGCACAGCCCAGAAGCAGGUGGAGGUGAUCGUGGACAUGGGCUCCACAGUCCCAGGGGCCCCCCAGGUCCAGGUGGAAGAAGUCGAGCUGACCGUGGAGGCAGGACACACGGCUACUCUGCGCUGCUCCGCCACAGGCAGCCCUCCCCCCACCAUCCACUGGUCCAAGCUGCGGGCCCCACUGCCCUGGCAACACCGGCUGGAAGGUGACACCCUGAUCAUCCCCCGGGUGGCCCAGCAGGACUCAGGCCAGUACAUCUGCAAUGCCACCAGCUCAGCUGGGCACUCGGAAGCCACCAUCGCACUGCACGUGGACAGCCCGCCGUAUGCAACCACAGUCCCCGAGCAAGCUUUGGCGCGGGCAGGAGAAAUCGUAGAACUGCACUGCCUGGCCCACGGGACUCCCCCGCUCACCUUCCAGUGGAGCCGUGUGGGCAGCAGCCUCCCCAGGAGGGCUACCACCAGGAACGAGCUGCUGCGCUUUGAGCCCGUGGGCCCUGAAGACUCAGGCCGCUACCUCUGCCAGGUCACCAACAGGGUGGGCUCCACAGAGGCCUUUGCUCAGCUAACUGUCCAAGGGUCUGCACCUGGCAGCGUUCGCCCCGACACCCCCGGGUCCUCGCCCACGGUGCAGGUGACGCCUCAGCUGGAGACCAAGAGCAUUGGAGCCAGCGUGGAGUUCCACUGUGCCGUGCCCAGUGACCGGGGCACCCAGCUCCGCUGGUUCAAGGAAGGGGGUCAGCUGCCACCUGGCCACAGCGUGCAGGAUGGGGUGCUACGAAUCCAGAACUUGGACCAGAGCUGCCAAGGGACGUAUGUGUGCCAGGCCCAUGGACCAUGGGGACAGGCCCAAGCCAGAGCCCGACUGGUUGUCCAAGCCCUGCCCUCGGUGCUCAUCAACAUCCGGACCUCCGUGCAGACUGUGGUGGUCGGCCACACUGUGGAAUUCGAGUGCCUGGCGCUGGGGGACCCCAAGCCCCAGGUGACCUGGAGCAAAGUGGGAGGGCGCCUGCGGCCUGGCGUCGUACAAAGUGGGGGCGUCGUCAGGAUCGCCCACGUGGAGCUGGCCGACGCAGGACAGUACCGCUGCACCGCCACCAAUGCCGCCGGCACCACCCAGUCCCACGUGCUGCUGCUCGUGCAAGCCUUGCCUCAGAUCUCAACGCCCCCAGAGGUCCGGGUGCCCGCCGGCUCUGCAGCCGUCUUCCCCUGCAUGGCCUCUGGGUACCCCACUCCUGACAUCACCUGGUCCAAGCUGGAUGGAAACCUGCCGCCUGACAGCCGGCUGGAGAACAACAUGCUGAUGUUGCCCUCGGUCCGUCCCCAGGAUGCAGGCACCUAUGUCUGCACGGCCACCAACCGCCAGGGCAAGGUCAAAGCCUUUGCCCAUCUGCAGGUGCCAGAGCGGGUGGUACCCUACUUCACGCAGACCCCCCACUCCUUCCUGCCACUGCCCACCAUCAAGGAUGCCUAUAAGAAGUUUGAGAUCAAGAUCACCUUCCGGCCCGACUCAGCCGAUGGGAUGCUGCUGUACAAUGGGCAGAAGCAGACCCCGGGGAGCCCCACCAACCUGGCCCACAGGCACCCCGACUUCAUCUCCUUUGGCCUCGUGGGCGGGAGGCCUGAGUUCCGGUUUGACGCAGGCUCUGGCAUGGCCACCAUCCGUCACCCAACACCCCUGGCCCUGGGCCAGUUCCACACUGUGACCCUGCUGCGCAGCCUCACCCUGGGGUCCCUGGUGGUGGGCAACCUGGCGCCGGUCAAUGGGACCUCUCAGGGCAAGUUCCAGGGCCUGGACCUGAAUGAAGAGCUCUACCUGGGCGGCUACCCCGACUACGGUGCCAUCCCCAAGGUGGGGCUGAGCAGCGGAUUCAUAGGCUGCGUCCGGGAUCUGCGCAUCCAGGGCGAGGAGCUGGUCUUCCAUGACCUCAACCUCACGGCCCACGGCAUCGCCCACUGCCCCACCUGCCGGGACCGGCCCUGCCAGAAUGGGGGCCAGUGCCAGGACUCGGCCAGCAGUAGCUAUGUGUGCCUGUGCGUGCCCGGCUUCACCGGGAGUCGCUGUGAGCACUCGCAGGCCCUGCACUGCCACCCAGAGGCCUGUGGGCCUGAUGCCACCUGUGUGAACCGGCCCGACGGCCGAGGCUACACCUGCCGCUGUCACCUGGGCCGUUCAGGGUUGAAGUGUGAGGAAGGUGUGACAGUGACCACCCCGUCCAUGUCGGGCACCAGCUCCUACCUGGCACUGCCCGCCCUCACCAACACUCACCACGAGCUCCGUCUGGACGUUGAGUUCAAGCCGCUGUCGCCCGACGGCCUCCUGCUCUUCAGCGGGGGCAAGCACGGGCCCGUGGAGGACUUUGUGUCGCUGGCCAUGGCCGGCGGGCACCUCGAGUUCCGCUAUGAGCUGGGCUCAGGGCUGGCUGUCCUCCGGAGUGCCGAGCCACUGGCCCUGGGCCGCUGGCACCACGUAGCCGCCGAGCGCCUUAACAAGGACGGCAGCCUGCGGGUGAACGGAGGCCGGCCGGUGCUGCGCUCCUCCCCCGGCAAGAGCCAGGGCCUCAACCUGCACACCCUCCUCUACCUCGGCGGCGUGGAGCCGUCUGUGCCGCUGCCCCCAGACACCAACAUCAGCACCCCCUUCCGCGGCUGCGUGGGUGAGGUGUCAGUGAAUGGAAAGCGUCUGGACCUCACCUACAGCUUCCUGGGCAGCCAGGGCAUCGGGCAGUGCUACGACAGCUCCCCCUGUGAGCGCCAGCCGUGCCGGAAUGGCGCCACCUGCAUGCCCGCUGGCGAGUACGAAUUCCAAUGCCUGUGUCGAGACGGCUUCAAAGGAGACCUCUGUGAACGCGAGGAGAACCCCUGCCAGCUCAGAGAGCCCUGUCUGCACGGGGGCACCUGCCAGGGCACCCACUGCCUCUGCGCCCCUGGCUAUUCUGGCCCACGCUGCCAACACGGUGCCGACUUUGGCAGAGCGGAAUCCAGCUGGCACAUCGAAGGCAGUGGAGGCAACGACGCCCCUGGGCAGUACGGAGCCUAUUUCCAUGAUGACGGCUACCUGGCCCUCCCCGGCCGCAUCUUCUCCAGGGGCCUGCCUGAGGCGCCUGAGACCAUUGAGCUGGAGGUACGGACCAGCUCAGCCAAUGGCCUCCUGCUUUGGCAGGGCAUGGUGGUGGGAGAGGGCAGCCCUGGCAAGGACUUCAUCAGCCUCGGCCUUCAGGAUGGGCAGCUGGUCUUCACCUACCAGCUGGGCAGUGGGGAGGCCCGCCUCAUCUCUGAGGACCCCAUCAAUGACGGCGAGUGGCACCGGGUGACAGCACUGCGAGAGGGCCGGAGAGGCUCCAUCCAGGUGGACGGCGAGGAGCUGGUCAGCGGCCAGUCACCAGGCUCGAAUGUGGCGGUCAACACCAAGAGCAACAUCUACAUCGGCGGGGCCCCCGACGUGGCCACACUGACCGGGGGCAGAUUCUCCGCAGGCAUCACGGGCUGCAUCAAGAACCUGGUGCUGCACUCGGCCAGGCCUGGCGCCCCGCCCCCACAGCCCCUGGACCUGCAGCACAGCGCCCAGACCGGGGCCAACAUGCGCCCCUGCCCCUCAUAGGUGCCGGCAGGUCUCACAGAUGCCCAGGCAGCGCCCCUGCCUGCGCGGUCAGGAUGUUAUUCUCUUAUGAUGAUGACUUUUUGUAAGAAGCUGAGGCCACGUCAUGCUUUGCUGCUACUGCCCUGGGCUGGACUGGAGGGUGGCCCUGCCGUAUCCUCCCCCACCCCCCACCCCCACCCCACACACACGCAUGCACACGCCCAGGCAAAGCCACAGGCAGGUAGGCAACACAGGUUGGAUGUGACCGAGUCUCAGGAGGCCUCCCGGAACGGGGGCCAGGCACGGUGAUGGGGUGGACCCAGACCGUCCCUGCUGCCCCCAGGUGGAACACCCCCACCCCCACCACCACCCGAGGCCGAGCUGGACUCCUAUCUAUAUAAUGCUUGGUCAGCCUCCAUCCCUAUGAAAGCCUUCAGAUGCUCUGGCCUCGGCCCCCAGCCUGGCUCACAGCCUCCUGCAGAGUGCAGCUGUAGCCUUCACUACCCUCCCCUAGGCUGUGAAAGCCUCUGAUGCCAGCCAAGGGACAAAAGGGGGCUGACUUCGGACAGCAGCUCUCUACCCGCCUCAGCCACGCCCCUGCCCCUCUACCUCCUCCCAAACAGCCCCCGCCUGGCCCCCCAACAUACAGCCCAGGGACCCUCCUCAAGCCUCAAGGGAAAGCCCACCCCACUCCUACCAGGAGCUGCUCCCAGCCCAGCACUGAGGGGGGGGGUCUCCCCACUCAUACCAGGCCAUGUCCCACCACCCAUCUGGAAGUGAAGGCCCAGGGGACAGUGGGAGAGGGUGUUGGUGGUCAGGUGUUUGGGCCUUGGGUGGGGGAGGCUGAUGGGGAGAUGACAGCCAGGUCCAAUCUGUGGGAGCCUGAGGGCCCUGCUAGGGGCAAGCGCCCUCCCACCAGCAGCCCCAGCCCAUGGGUCGGGGCACCUGCCCCCCGUGUCCUAGACAGGACCCUCCUGUGGUCUUCGUCUUGUUUUUCUUAAAUAAACGGUGCUAUCCCCGCCA